AUGGGAGAUUCAAAAGACGACUUCAACGAUAAGGCUUUACUGAAGGUCCUCGCAAACAAAGCAAACGGUUGCCUGGCCAUUUUCGGUCGUGGGGUAUUUCAAAUCAGCUUCGAUUCAGUUGAGCAAUUGAUUCAGGAUUACUACGCAGUCUACGACAAAGACGCAUUAUUGGUGGCCACGCACAUCUUCAAAAGCGACGUUUGCCUGAAAAGGCUCACGUUGCAAGGUUGGAUGAAGAAAAUGAAGAUGAGAAGAUUUUCUCGUAAUUAGCGAAGAAUGAAAAAUAGACUUAGUCUUUAAUUUCUUUUUUUAUACCUGUUUUUAUUUAUUAUUUCUGGAAGUUUAAAUCAGUCUAAUAUUACUCAUUCUUAAAAGGACCAAACCAAUCUCUGAGGAAAGUUCUACGAUUUGAAUGAGAGUAGAGAGUUCCCCUCAUCCUUCAGUUUUUUGCAAGUUUUGAGGAUUAAUUCAGGUAGUGAAGAUCAAGUUUCAUUGGAUGAAAUGAAUUGAUUCUUUCGAAAGAAUGAUCGAGUUGUUUUUUUCUUAAUUUUCGUAAACUUUUAUCGAUAGUACUUCGGUUUGAUGACCUAAAUUUUUUGAAAAAAAAAAAUUGACGAUAGAACAAUGCGUCGAAAUUUUUAUGUCAACUACGAAAAUUGAUGUUUCAGCCGACAAUGACUACACGAUGGACUACGUGACGAUGAACGAAGGACAGUUCGAAAAAGUUGUCCGCGAGGCGAUCACCUUGCUCAGGUACCGCGUGGUCCUGUACAAGUACCAGGAUGGCGAGUGGACCAUCGAGGCCAAGGUCUUCCCUCCAGGAAUCUAGAACUGUAGGGAUUUUCUCAGGGAACCGUUGGAAACGCCGGCGACUUUGAGGAUAUCGUCGGCGACGCCGAUAAAGCCUCCAAUUUUGCAGUUUUUCUUCAUUCAAAACUCGAUGAUGUUAGUCAAUCACAACAUAUAUACAAUUUAUUACACUUUGAAACUUGGAAAAAAAGUUCAAAAAGUUUCCUCCGUCGUUUUUUUUUUAGGUUUUUUUUUUGCGAGUUUGCUUCAGAAAAACUUGAAAAGUUGGUCAAUCAGUUUGCUCAAGCAAAACUAAAAAACGGACUUGGAAUGAUUUGAAGCAUAAGCGGCAGCUUGAGGCUCGCCUGACCUGAAACGACUUUAACUGAGUAACCUAUAGUUCGAAAAAUAAAAUGGGAAAUAGCUUCCAGUUUUGUUUUCUUAUUAGUUUUUUACUUCAAUUAUUUAAAAAAAAGUUUUGACUUAUAUUCGUUUGGCGCGAGAUCUAAAUUUUCGACAGGAUUUUGCGAUUUUUUUUUUCAAAUCCAUGUUCAUCUCAUUUCUGAGUUUAGAAAAAAACUGUUUAUUGCAUCUUCAAUGUAAGAGUACAUGUGCAAUCGACUUUCAUUGAUUUAACUGUGUUUAAACGGCGGCAGGAGCUGUGGCUUAGGCAGAAAAGCUGUGAAUUUGGCUCGUAGAACAUUAGGUACAAGAGAGGUCGUAGGAAGAAGUACGGUGCCGGCUUUCCAAAGGCCGAUAGAAAAAACCAUUUCAUUUCUGAGUAUAUUUCUCAAAUUUAGCUUCAAUAAACUAAAUUUUUGACUAGCACCUGGAAGUUGCGAAAAGAAAGAAUACCGCUUGAGAGAGGAAAGAACUUGACAAUUUCUACAUCACAAACUAUCAAACUUCGAAAAAAAAAAGUGGUGGCAGUAACCUUUUUUUGAUUGUCUCAAGCCGGCUAUAGUUAAUUGAAGAGGAUUUUUAAAAAAAAACCAUGGAAAAGAGCCUAAAACUUUUUUUCACCACCUACUUUGGAAUUUCAGAACCGCAUAACUGUUUGCUCUUGGGAUAUCACUCAGCUGCGCAUCGUCGUCACUGAAUUCAACGAUACGACAGCCUUCUCAAAUUUUGAGGUUCACUUUUCAUUUUAGCCAAAAUGCGUUUUUCCAUUGCAGCAAUGUGUCAUCGGCUUGAAUCCGACCAAUUGUUUGAUCCUCAGAGAUCAGCUGGACACAGAGAAAGACAAGAAACUGAGCAACGUCCUGUCGAAUCUGAACGUCGCGGAGAGUGAACACAGGUCGAUGGCCAAUUGGGAGCAAGUCUGCUCGGUCUUCAAAUCGGACCAUUUAGGUUAGAGAAGAGGGAAAAAUGUUUGGAUCGACUUUUCAAAAAUGCUAGAAAAAGGUCUUGCAAAUUUCGAAGAAGGAAAAGAUAACUAGAGAAUCACAGGGACGCUUUCAAAAGUCAUCAAAUUGAAGUUAAACGUGGAAAAUUAUGUUAGAGACGGACAGAUAAAGCUGUAGAAUAUUUGGAUCACUUCUUUAAAUUGGAUCAAUUCUAAAAACCAACUGUAUUGGAAUAUUAAAAUGGAAGAAAGUCGAAAAAAAAACAUGUUUUCAAGCAAGAAGUCUAGGGAGAAGCUCUACUUUGAGAAUUUUGAACCUUAUCAGUCUAGUUUAAUUAUUUUUUUUUCUCAGUUUCUUUGUUUUUAUAAGCGGAUAAUAAUUUUUUUUUACUUAUAUUGAGAUGAGCUAAAUUAAUAAACCACCAAACUUUGCACUCGAUCCGAAAAUGGCAGGGGGUUAUGAAAAUUUUCUAAUUAAUAAAAGUUUCAUCAUUAGAGUGGCUGAGAUUCUCAUUGCAAAAAAAAGAUGUUCAGAAUUGAGAAAAUUUUUUUUCACAAUUUGAAGAGAGGAAAAGUUUCGAACAAGGAAUCAAAAAUUAGUUCAAAAAUCUACAAAAUAAUUCAUUUGAAAGUCUCACUACUUCCGAAAAAUUUUUCUAGUUGGAAGGGGAAUUUCGGAACUCUUAUUUUUCAAUUUUAAAAGUUUUGGAAGAUUCGAAUCAUUCGGAAAUUUUGCAGAAAAAGUCAACGAAUUUUCAAGAGAAACUAGAGAGUGCAUGAUGAAUCUUUGCUCUUUUCUGCUCGCCGACGACAUUGAACAGUACGAGGGAAAGUUCUCCUUGACCAAUUAUGGCACCACGGGGUUCAUGCACCUCGACGCGGCUGCCGUCAAUGCCUUGGAGCUUUUCCGGCUCAAUUAUAACUAUUCAGGUGUUAAUCUCCCGGUGAAGACGAAAAAUAGAAGUGAUUGAGGGGAGAACGGAGGCGCUGGCUCGGCGACGCUCUACUCGGUCCUCAACAAGUGCAAAACUCUACCGGGACAGAAACUUUUGCGUAAGGAAGUUUCUCAUGAAUUGCAAUGCUUUUUUUAGGGUUCUAACUUUAGGAAAGCGAGCAAUGUUUUUUUCCUGAAAGUACCUUAAGCUGUAACAAACAAAAAAGUCAAUAUUAUAAAUGUGAAAUUUCGUUUUAUAAUGCCCGCUGUAUUCGCCGCGGCUUGACACUUUUCGAGCGUCUGCGUCUCUGCUCCCUCACCGACGAGGUCAGAGAAACAUGAGAACAGCGUACUAUCAUGGGAGCGUUGCCGAUAGACGAGGAGGGCGCAGAGAAAAACAGCAUUUUCAAAUCGCGAAAAACAGAGUAUACUCUAGGAAAGAAAGUUAAUAAGAAUAAGAACGAACUUCGGGAAAAUAAGGCACUAAAAAAUUAAAAUUUAACUUUUUGAGGGGGAAAUGCGUUUCUAUCAGGAAAAAAAAUAUGAACACAUCUGAACGUAAGACAGAGAUUAACCUUAUCUAAAAGAGCCGUUUUAGGUCUAGUUAAAAAAAAAAUAAUGAUCUCUGAACUGUAGGAGAUUGGCUAGCGCGACCUUUGACCGAUGUCCGACAGCUGGAAGAACGUCAAGACGCCAUCGCCGCGUUGAUUUCGGCCGAUGAGAUUCGGCGCCUGCUGGGAGACGUCUUGACUGUUCUUCCUGAUUGUUCCGCUUUGAGCAAGAGAUUAAUUCGCGAAACUUCAACUCUGCUGGUUUGAAAAGAGUCGCGGAAUCCAGAAAAAGAACAAAAAUAAGCAAUUCAGGACCUUUACCGAACCUUCCACGUCCUCACACAGCUGAAUAGGGUUUGCAAUCUAUUGAUGAAGCUUUCUGAAACUGAAGACGGUGUUUACAAAAACGCUGUCAAGGAAUUGCUUGUGGUUUGUUUUUUUCAAAUCAUAAAGUUCAACCAAUAUGAAAAACUCAGGAACCGAUACGGUUUUGUGAAAUAUAUUUCGAGAAUUUCACAUCUUUGGUCGAGAACACCAUCGACCUGGAUUACUACAAAAAGAAAAACGAGCUUCGCGUUCUGCCGAGUCUCAGUUCUGAGCUUCAGCAGAGUGCCACGGAUAUGGAUGCGAUCGAAGCCGAUUGCGAGAAAAUCCGCAAGAAGGUGCGUAUUGAAAACAAAAAAGUGCCAGAAGCCUAGAAACUGAAGUCAUUUACUUACUUACUUAGAUACUUAGAUGGUCCAUCUUCGCUUUCGACCUUUUAUUGCCUUUUAGUGCCUUUUAUUGAUCGAAGCGUGGACCACACGUUUUCCGGGAGGUCUUAUGCAAUCGGUCAUCCAGUUUUGUCGUCCUGGUUGACUGGUAUUCUUGCGAAAAAGUUCCAUCCGUGGUGUUAAACGUGUUAUAGCAUAAUUGUGGUCUUAUUAUCCUUUUUGCCUUGCCAGGGCUAAAAAAGACCGCCCAUUCUGUUAGCAGAAGCAAGCCGAACUGCGUGACCGGUGUACCGUUAGCCGCCAUAAAUGGCGUUGCCUCCCCAUCACCGCGUAGAGGUGGUACUUGAAAGGGUCAUUUAGUGAAGAUUUCUUGAAAAUUUAUUCAAAUUUAUGUUAGGAGGGAAUUUUCAAAGUUUGGUUUGACAAACUUUUUAGGCCUGAAAUAACUAUUUUGCAGCUUUAAAAAGUCUUAAAAAAAUUUAAAGUUUGCGCUGGCAGCGGCGAAUAGAAAUUCAAAUCUGGACCUGAAGAGAACGUUUGAAAAAAACUUCAGAAACGUGUUAGAGUUUCCAUUUUUUUCUUUUCUCUUAAGCUUAUGAUUCUUACGAAAAAAGUCAGAAGCUUUGAAUUUUUUUUUUUGAAAGGUUUUCUUGUUUUUUUUUUUGCUAUCGUUGUGUAUCCGUAUCAAACUUCGGUUUGGAAAAACAGAACCAAAUUAUGGGCCAUUUUAUUCGAUUAUCCAGUUGAAAAGAUAAAAAAACAUAUUAAAUUUUCUAGUUGGCCGCCAAAACCGAAGUCGACGGUAUCAAACUCGAAAGAAACUCCAAGUUUGGCUUCUAUUUCCGAAUGACCUCAAAGGUAACCGAAGUUCUAAAAACUUUCCUAUUUUUCCACAGGACGAGAAAAGCAUCAGAAACAACGGAGAAAUCAUCAUUUUGGACUCGAAGAAAGGAAGCGGCAUCAGCUUCACUGUUAAAGGUCUCGAGCCCCUCAAUGCGAGGUUUGAUGAUCUCGGAAUUGAGGAAUUUAUGUCGAAACGUUCCAGGUAUCAAGAAAUCCAUGGGGACUUCAAAAAAGAUCAGGAGAAGUUGACCAAGUCGGUGUUGAAGACGAGUAGUGAGUUUUUGAUCCAAAAAGGACAACAUUCAAGUAAAAAAAUUUUCACGUUCACAUUACUCUAGAUUCUUGAAACGUUGAAAAGUUAAAUUUUUCCUUUUAUCUGAGACCAUUGAAUUUCUGUAAAAUAACCCCCAACACUAUUGGAAUAAUAAAAUCCAUAAAGCUCGCUGACAAUUUGAGCCCUGCUACAUCCGGUGACAUUAUUUCCAUUUUCGUUUUUUUAAAAGUUUUCUGUGGAUGAACCAUUGUACUAUCGUUUGUUCUUGAAACUUUCGAAAAAUGAGCUUGAAAAAAAAUAAUAUUGAAAAACUUCUCAGGGGAGCUUAUUGAGUAUCUGCCCUUCUUGUCAAGCUCGUUGUCGACGAUGGACGUUCUGAUUUCCUUGGCCGAAGUCUCGGCCACCGCCUCCAGGUCUUAUGUUCGUCCCAAAUUGCUUCCACUAGGUACUGAAUUUGGUUUAUCUUUGAUAUUUUACUUUCUGUAUAGCUUUUUUUUUCUGCUGUGUUUUUAAAACGUCACCGACUCGAAACACAUAUUUCAAGGCUUUUCGCUAUUUCCUAUUCUCGUUAAGGGUCCGGAGUCUUGAAUCUGAAGCAGUGCAGACACGCGGUCAUUGAGCAGAAGAGCGAAGAACAGUUCAUUCCAAAUGACGUCGUCUUCGGUUCCUGA